AUGUCCAUCAGCUUGGGAAGGUACUUGUUUGAAAGGAUCCACCAGCAGCCAGUAGGAGUUGGCUCGGUAUUCGGAGUUCCCGGAGACUUUAACCUCACCCUCCUCGACAAGAUUGACGAGGUAGAUGGCUUGAGCUGGAAGGGUAACGCCAACGAGUUGAAUGCAGCCUACGCUGCCGAUGGGUACAGCCGUGUCAAAAGCGGAUUUACCGACGGUCCUGGCGGCUUUGCCGCCUUGGUGACCACCUUCGGAGUGGGAGAACUCUCUGCCUUGAACGGUAUUGCUGGCGCCUACGCUGAGCACGUCGGCCUACUUCACAUCGUCGGGGUUCCUUCCAUCUCGGCCCAGCAGAAACAGUUACUUUUGCACCACACCUUGGGCAAUGGGGACUUCACCGUGUUCCAGAAGAUGUCUGCACAGAUCACUCAGACAUCCGGGUUUGUCAAAGACGGCGAAACCGGUCCUGACGUCAUUGACAGAUGUAUUCGUGAGGCCUUCAUCAACCAGAGACCCACUUACUUGGCAUUUCCAGCCAAUUUGGUUGACGAGCAAGUUCCUUUAGAAAGAUUGAAGCAACCCCUCGAUUUGAAGGUCCCUCCCAAUGAUAAAGAGUCCGAGGAAGAGGUGCUCGAAAGAGUUUUGGAAUUGAUCUCCAAGGCCAAGGAUCCAAUCAUCCUCAUUGAUGCCUGCUGUGCCAGACAUGACGCCACAAAGGAAGCCAAAGAGUUGAUCGACAGAACAGAGUUCAAAUACGCUAUUACCCCCAUGGCCAAGGGUGCUAGGGACAUAAGUGAAGACCAUCCAAGGUUUACAGGCGUGUACGUGGGAACCCUCAGCUACCCAGAUGUUAAGGAGGCUGUCGAGUCGUCAGACUUGGUCAUUUCUUUGGGUGCAAUGUUAAGUGACUUCAACACAGGUUCAUUCUCGUACAGCUACCAAACUAAAAAUGUGAUUGAAUUCCACUCCGAUUACACCAAGAUCAGACAAGCACAAUAUCCCGGAAUCAGAAUGAAGAAUGUCUUGAGAAGCUUGUUGGACGACCCAAAAUUCGAGGAUAGUUUUAAGCACUACCAACCAUCUGCGGUUGUUAAGAAUCCAUACAAAGCGGAAGAGCCAAAGAAUGAAAUUAUCACUCAACAAUGGCUCUGGUCCAAAUUGUCAUCGUGGCUUAGAGAAGGUGACGUUAUUGUCACGGAAACGGGUACCUCAUCUUUUGGAAUUAUUCAAACCAAGUAUCCAAAGAACGCCAUUGGUAUUUCGCAGGUCUUAUGGGGAAGUAUUGGGUACAGUGUUGGUGCAGCCUUUGGUGGAGUUGUGGCGGCCGAAGAAUUAGAUCCUAAUAGAAGAGUAAUUUUAUUCGUUGGUGACGGAUCAUUACAGUUGACAAUUCAAGAGAUUUCUAGCAUGGUCAGAAACAAGAACAAUAUCUAUGUUUUCGUUUUGAACAAUGAUGGCUAUACCAUUGAGAGAUUAAUCCAUGGAGAAACCGCCGAAUACAAUGAUAUCCAAUCAUGGAAGCAUGGUCAAAUCUUAGACACCUUCGGUGCUAAGGAGGGUGAAUUCGAAUCCUUGAAGGUUUCUACACCUAAAGAGUUGAAUAACUUGUUCAGCGAUAAACAAUUCGCAAAGAACGACAAGACUAGGUUAAUCGAAAUCAUGCUCGAGAAGAUGGAUGCACCAGACAAUCUUGUCAAACAAGCCCAGUUAUCCGCAAAGGCAAAUAGCGGUUAA